GAGGGGCUUUGUCACUUCAAGAACACCACAACUGGUGCUAAACUCGACUUCUAUAUGAACAUUGCUAAAGGAAACAUCAAUCAGCUGAAGCAAGCCAUCGCCUUUUAUGGACCUGUCAGCAUCCUCAUCAACACUCAACCCAAAUCUUUUAAAUUCUAUGGAUCCGGGAUCUAUUACGACCAGUCAUGUAGUAAGUUUUCUGUAUUAAGUGUUCUGUGGACUAGAGAUUUUCAGGAUUUCUUUCAUGAGGUUUUUUUUAGGACAGACCUCUCAUCCUCCCUCUCAUCCUUCCAGACCUUGAGCUAAGGGUUGUGUGGGGGGCAUCGUUUUCGUUCAAAAAAUGUUUCUCAUUAGUGAGCAAGAUUGUUCUCAAUAGUGGUUAGAUUGCAAAUCACGGUGUCAGACGAUCGCGCAUAAUAAUGUUAAUUAUUUUUUUUCCAUUUUUGCCCAAGCUCAUGCACUUGAUCACGCUGCACUCGCUGUUGGGUAUGGAGUGGAGAAAGGUCAACCUUACUGGCUAAUCAAGAAUUCCUGGUCUAAAGCUUGGGGUGAUGAAGGAUACAUAAAGAUUGCAAUGAAAAAUGACAACUGCGGUGUUUCACAGAAGGCGGUCGUCGUGAAAAUUAGAGCCGAAUAAUCUCAAUAUCUUUUCUCAAACAUUUUAAAUGUUAGAGAUUUUUAAACCAAGUGUUAAAUCACUUUAUGUAUAUAUAUCUUUAUUUUGUACCGUUUUUAGGCUGUAAAUAAUACAUGUUUUGUAACAUAAGGACGAGACUUAAAAGGAAAAAAAAUCGUGAUUCGUACGGUUGGCUAUGAGGUGGAAUGAUUAAAAAGAGCUGUUAAAGUAUAAGC